AUGUAUCACAUAUUACAGAUCUCCGGCUAUGUUUUCAGGGCUUUAGGUUUGAAGAUGAAGAUCCUUAUAACAUUCAUCUUUAGUGGCUUACUCAUUGGUUUUGUAAUCUUACUAUCAUUCUCUAACAACUUCAACGACCAACUUCUUGAUGCUACAAUCAACAGUUCAAGUGAAUCCAAACCACACCAUGAUAGAUUGUUAGGAGGGCUUUUAAAACCGGGUUUCGAUGAAGACUCUUGCGUGAGCAGGUAUACUCAAUCAUUGUAUCGCAAGCCUUCACCAUACAAGCCUUCUUCUUAUCUUGUCUCUACGCUAAGACGCUACGAGAAGCUUCACAAGCGUUGCGGUCCAGGCACAGAAGCUUACAAGAAAGCAACAAAGAAUCUUGGCAACGACGAUGAGAAUCAAGAAAGAAGCUCUGAUAAAGAAUGUGGAUAUGUAGUGUGGGUGGCCACCGAGUAUGGUCUAGGAAACAGAAUAAUAUCAAUGGUCUCUUCGUUCCUCUAUGCUCUCUUAACAAAUAGAGUCCUUCUUGUUGACCAACGAAAGGAUAUAACUGAUCUCUUCUGUCAACCUUUUCCGAAUACUUCAUGGUUGCUUCCUCUAGACUUUCCAUUAAUGGGUCAGAUAGAUAGCUACUACAAGGAUUAUUCUCGUUGUUACGGUACAAUGUUGAAGAAUCAUGCCAUUAACUCGACUACAUUAACACCGUCCCAUCUUUAUCUUCAUCUUCUUCAUGAUUACAGGGAUGAGGAUAAAAUGUUUUACUGCGAAGCAAACCAAGGUUUCAUCAAGAAUGUCCCAUGGCUUGUUGUGAAAUCUAACCUCUACUUUGUUCCAUCUCUAUGGUUGAUACCUAGCUUUCAGACCAAACUCAUCAAGCUCUUCCCACAGAAAGAUACUGUCUUCCAUCACUUGAGUCGGUAUCUUUUCCACCCCACAAACCAAGUUUGGGACAUGGUCACAAGUACCUACAACGCUAACUUAUCAAAAGCCGACGAGUUACUAGGGCUUCAAAUCAGAGUGUUCAGCACGCCAGGUGGAUAUUUUCAGCAUGUCAUGGACCAGAUAGUAUCAUGUACACAAAGAGAGAAACUGUUGCCUGAGUUAGCUACAACAGAAUCACAAGUCAUGAAUACAACAACAAGAAGCAAGAAACAUAAAGCUGUUCUUGUUGCAUCUCUGCAUGCAGAGUACUCUGAUGAGCUAAGGAAAAUGUAUUUAGAACGACCUAGUUUAACAGGAGAGGUCAUUGAAGUGUAUCAGCCAAGUGGAGAAAAGGUUCAGCAAACAGACGAGAAGCUUCACGACCAAAAGGCAUUGGCUGAGAUCUAUUUAUUGAGUUUAACUGAUAAUAUUGUCACAACCGAGAGAUCUACGUUUGGAUUCGUAGCUCAUGGUCUUGGAGGAUUAAAGCCAUGGAUACUCUACGCUCCAAAGAACGGUGCAGCUCCUGAUCCGCCGUGUGUUAGGGCCUUGUCGAUGGAGCCUUGUUUAAUUAGAGCUCCUCUCCAUGGUUGUCAAGCCAAGGCAAUCAAAACAACACCUUUUAUAAGGCGUUGUGAGAAUUGGAACCUGGGGAUUAAGCUAGUUGAUGCCCCAGAUAGAUUUUGGUGGUGGUAA